UUCCAACAGCUCGAGAACCUUCUCCCUGCGGAGCUCCUGGUAGGAGUCGAUCUUCUGAGGGGUGAAGAGAUAGGAGUUGCACACUUUCCGGAGGUUCCUCCACUUGGAAUCCGGGGGGAGAAAGGGCAUGGCGAAUUUGUGGAGGUCGAGGACUUCCAUGGCGAGGACGGUGUGGCGGUGGGAGAGGACUUUGUCGUGCUUCUGGAGGAUCUCUCUGGCCACGGCUGGAGAAGAGGCGACGAUGGUGGUGAUUCUGCCCAGCUUGAUGCUCAUCAACGGCCCGUGUUUCUUGGCGAGGUCGGCCAGCGAUCUGUGAGGCUUGGCGCCUAGAUUGUGGAUGUUGCCGAUGAUUGGGAGCCGGGUGGGGCCCGGAGGGAGUUUGGCCGCCGCCGCCGGAGGUUUUGGUGCGAGCAGGAAGCGGAGGAUGGUGAUGGUGAAGACGAGGCAGAGUAAGGAAAUGAGGAGGAGGAGGAGCUCCAUUUCCCCCGGCAGGUUUGGUUUUAGUGGGGACUGAUUUUGUGUAUUUCUUAGUUAU